AUGUCUAAGAUCUUACAGAAAUGUGUAGGUUGGGAGCUUAAAGUCCAAAGGGUGAUGACAGAGUGUGAGCUACCAGUGGUAGACUUCACUAAGCAAAAUCUGAAAGAUUCUACACAUACAUGGCUUUCAACUUGUCAAGUAGUUCGUAGUGCUCUUGAGGAUCAUGGUGCUUUCUUGGCACUCUAUGAUAACAUAAGUUCGGAAACAUAUGACUCUGUUUACUCAGAAAUGAAGAAAUUUUUUGACCUCCCAACAGAAACAAAACGAAGGAAAACCACUGAUAAACCUAUUUUCAGCUACUCUGGCCAGCGACCUCACAUUCCUUUAUAUGAAUCCGCAGGUAUCAUGAAUCCACUCAGCUUUCAGGAUUGUCAGAAAUACACACAUGUUAUGUGGCCACAAGGAAAUCAUGCUUUCUGUGAAAGUGUGAAUUCGUAUGCGAAGGAAAUAGUGGAAGUGGAUCAUAUUGUGAAGAGAAUGAUGUUUGAGAGCUAUGGAGUGGAGAGGAAGAAACUUGAGUGUUUUCUUGAAUCAACCGAAUAUGUUCUUAGAGGAUACAAAUACAGAAUACCAGAAGUGGGUGAGAGUAAUUUGGGAGUGGCUCCUCAUUCUGACACUGCUCUUCUAACUAUACUCAAUCAGAAGGUAGAAGGCUUGGCUGUCAAAUUGAAGAAUGGCAAAUGGUUUGAAGUCGGUGUUUCACCUUCCUUGUUCUUGGUCAUGGCUGGUGAUGCAUUGAUGGUAUGGAGUAAUGGAAGAAUACGAGCUUGUGAACACAGAGUUAUAGUAAAGUCAAAGAAAGAAAGAUACUCAAUGGGACUACUUUCGUAUGCUGGUAAGAUAAUGGAAGCAGAAGAGGAGCUAGUUGAUGAGGAACAUCCUCUACGUUAUAAACCACUUGACCACUAUGGAUACCUACGUUUCUUUCUCACUCAAGAAGCCUUAAAAUCUGAUUCUCGGAUCAAGGCAUACUGUGGUAUUUGAAACACAU